AAUAUUUGUAUUAUUAAUUUUUGUUUCUCGAGUUAUAGUAUUUUUAACAAUUUAUGAAUUACGUGCGGUGUAAAAAUAACAAGAAAAACAUUUUAAAUAAAAUAGAACCGCUCAGUUCCCAAACAAUUUUAAAUUUUAAAUAGACGACUUCAAACGGAUUUGGCCAAAAGAAAUGUAACAUUGGAAUUUGUAUAAUACACAGUAAUAUAUCUGUGAAUGGAGAACACUACAGUAUCCCUUAUGGAGGAAUAAUUGUGUCUGAGGCUAGUUUACGACGAUUCUAAGACAAGAUCAUUGUUAAAGCAUACAAAAUUGCAAACAGAGAGGUAAAUUUUAAGAAACAAAAAAAAAAAGUAUUUUAAGUCAAAAUAAAACCGAAGAAUUCUGACUAAAAAUAUGGAAUCGAAUAAUCGAAAUCACCAAGGUAACAACACUGUGACCAACAUGAAGUCAGAUAAAGAGAAGAUGAUUCCACCAAGAGGUUUUGAGAACUUGUACAGAGAGCAUCCACUGACAGACGAGACGACUUGCGGAAUUGGACCUAUCCGCUCCGCCUGGCUGCAGAAAUUCGCGAACAAGAAGGCUUAUGUGUUUUUGUACGGACUUCUGGGAUGUACAUUCUCUGCCAGCUAUGCGUACUUCAAUGGUACGAUUACCACUCUCGAAAAAAGAUUCAAGAUUCCCAGCAGGACGACAGGAAUCAUCACAGUAGGAAACGACAUCAGUCAGCUGUUCGUGUCCAUAGUUUUGAGCUACUACACCGGCCGAGGUCAUAGACCACGAUGGAUUGCCCUGGGCAUCUACACUGUGGUGCUCUACUGUCUCAUGUCUGCACUUCCUCAUCUACUGUACGGACCCGGAGAAGAUGCAUUGGCUCUCACUGUGGAGUACGGAGGUAUCGUGGACCAGAAUGCCACGCAAGAAGCAAUAAAUAUUGAGAAGAGAAAAAUUCUGUGCGGUUCAAAAGGCGAAGGUGGUGGCUGUGAGAAGUCUGAUGGCAGUAUUUGGCCGCCAACCAUUUUCUUCUUGGCUAACUUCGUAGCCGGCAUGGGUGGCUCCCUGUAUUACACGCUCGGGGUUUCCUACAUGGAUGACAACAUUCAAAAAGCAAAGACGCCGGCCCUAAUCAGUUUCUCUUAUUUCUUGCGGAUGCUGGGUCCAGCUAUUGGCUACGCGCUUGCAUCUGUAUGCCUCAAGUUUUACAUCUCACCAUCCCUUACACCCACAAUAGGCACGGAUGAUCCACGUUGGCUUGGCGCAUGGUGGUUUGGCUGGAUCAUCAUCUCCAUCGUGUUGGCAGUGCUAGCCGGCCUUCUCGCCCUAUUCCCCAAGACACUUCCUCGAGCAGCCGUCAGAAGAAUGGUGGCGCUGGAAAGACAGAAGAGUCCCGUAAAAUCUGAACCUGAACUCCCAGCCUCAGUAUCGGACAUGAUGCAGACCUUCUGGCGACUGAUAACCAAUCCGACUUUGAUGUGCAACAACCUGGCCUCUGUGUUCUAUUUUCUGGGCUACAUGCCUUAUUGGGUGUUCAUGGCGAAGUACAUCGAGACUCAGUACAGGCAAUCCGCCUCCACGUCCAGUCUGGUUACAGGUACCGUCGGCUUGGUGUUUUCUGCCUUUGGAAUUCUACUAUCUGGUCUGAUAAUUUCCAAGUACAAACCACGUGCCAGGUACCUGGCCGCAUGGAAUGUUAUAGUUGGCAUUAUCUCUGUACUCGGUAUUAUAUCUUACGCUUUUUUGGGAUGUCCUGCCAGCGACAACCAUGGAGCUCUUCUAUCAAAUGGCGAACUCGCGACAGACCAGACGUGUAACGCGGGCUGCAGUUGUGACUACGUUAAAUAUUCUCCUGUCUGUUCCGAGGAUGGGACCACAACCUUCAUCUCACCGUGUCAUGCGGGUUGCAAACAGCAGCAGCACAAUAAUGGCAGCAAGAUAUUUACGGAUUGCAAGUGUCUGAAACCUCCUGUAACAAGCAUCAACGCGGAAUGGUUCGUCCAUGACAACUCAUCACUUCCAGAGACUUCCACGUCCAAUUUUCUAGGAGGAAUCACUUUCCCUGGUUCCUGCCCCAUCGACUGUUCCAAAAAGUUCAUCAUCUUCUUAGCCGUAGUGAGGUGUGUUGAAGAGAAAGACAAACCAAUAGCAAUGGGAUUCGGAAUGACAAUGGGAAGCCUCUGUGCUUUCAUUCCGUCACCCAUACUUUUCGGAAUUAUUUUAGAUAAGACGUGCUUGGUGUGGGGUAAGACUUGUUCUGGCACAGGGAACUGUUGGCUCUAUGACGGGGAAUCCCUCAGAUACGUGCUCAACUUUACAGCAGCCAGUUUCGUCGCUAUAGGAACAGUCUUCGAUGCUGCUGUGUGGUAUUACUCAAAGAAUCUGAAAAUAUUUGAUGAAGAAGUUGAACUUAAAGAAAUAGAAGAAACGCAAGAGAAAAUAGUAAUUGAUGACUGAAGUUUUCGAUGUUCAGUGACUGGGUCUGGCGUUUUAAGCUACGGACAAUGUUUUGGUUCGAAGGUGUUCAGACCUGAAGACAUUAGGGGGCGUGUAAGUUUCGUUGUUCAGAAUGAUUCAAGUGAUUAAAACGUUUUGUAGGGUCUAUGCCCCAUUUACUGUGAGUAAAAUUAAAAUGAGUAUGAACGGAUAAAAAAAUAUAAAAUAGGAAUAUAGAAAUCUUCAGUGAGUAUGGAACAACUUUUGUCAUAAAUUUCUUAAGAUAUUUCACGUCAACUGACCAGUGUACUGCAAGCUAUUAAUCUUUUCCCUAGCAACAUACAAUAAUUUGAAAUUAACCUUUUAAUAAAUGAACGUCUGAUAGAUCCACAUUUAAAUUUACGUCUUACAUUGUCUAGCUUAUCAGUUAUGAAAAUUGGUGUCCAACGUUGGACAAUCUUAUAUAUGUGCUAACACGGCAUACGAAAAAUAACACUUUGCGUGUAAAAGAUGCAUACGAACUUUUAUUUUUAAAAGAUAUGUAAAACAUAUCCAUAUAUGACUAUAGAAAUUGAUAAAAAAUUAACGUUUUGCGGUAAAAGGCCUACUAUAGUGUUUUCUAAACAUUUAUAGGUAAAUAUUUUUAGUUAAGAACAUGUUUAAGCAACCCCACACCGAAAAUAAAAAAAAUACACAGCACAUAAUAGGUUUUACAAGGAUCGUGACAGCUUUGCAAAGUUAAAGGCAGAUAUUAAACUUGAGUAGAGAUAUAUUUUUUUCUCAUCCACCCAGCACCUUAGGUAGGAUAAAACGUAAUCUUUUCCGGGCGUCAAAGUGUGCAUCCAACACUCACUUCGUUUUACUGUCUAGGUCUGCAAAGCAUUCUCGUAUGUCCUUACAUCCGCGUUCCGUCACUUUUAAAUCGAUGGAGUAGAGAAUUUUUUGACAACUUGAUAAUUAUAAUGAUGGCUAUCUUCUGGGUUGCUGCUUCAUAUAUUCUGGUAGAAGUUCUCCAUGUUCCAGAGGUUCUUGUUGUUCUAAUGAUGGAGGUAACAAGUACUUCUGAAACGUCGGUAAGCAUACCAGACUAUACGUCGCGGCAACUCAGAAGACAGCCAUCUUCACAUUAGCCGCCGGUAGAACCUCAGAUCUCACAAGUUCAUAGUUGCUUUCCUAGUCAUGAAAUUCUCCGCUCUUAUGGAACCCGAAAGCUCAUUAAUAUUUUCACAAAAGCCCGCUAUUAUACUACAUCUAGAUCCUAUUAAACCCAGUCUACACCGUAACGUAUUUCAUCAGUUUAAAUAUUAGCCUCCCAUCUAAGCUACAAUAAAUUGUAUUUAUACUUGCAUAUGCUUCAAACUGUCCAAAUUUUCCAAGAAAACAAUGUGUAGGAUUUCAAAAUAACUUUAGCAGAAUAAUGUAGUCCCUAGCACAGAACUUUGUUCUUCCACGUGUUAAUUACCUGCAACAUAUUCCCCUGUUUCUUAUCCACAGCUUUAACGGCAAUAUUCUGAAGAAGAUUACGAUCAACAUAUUGUCUCCGUUUACCGUCAAAUUAGCGUUCUUCUGGAAACAUCAUUACACGGAGUUAAAAAAAUUGAAUAGAAUACAAGUCACUCUGUAUCCGUUUCGAUAUGUGAAAAGAGGGCGAGAACGUUUAAUUAAAUUCUUUUUUGGGGGGGGCGAAUUCGGCAGAGUCUACCAAUUCGCCACUCUUUAUUUCUAUAGUGAACUAUAGUUUUAAGUUAUUGCCGUGUUUUGUUUACAAUUUAUGAACAUUACAUUUAGUUAUAAGAAAGUUGACAACAGAAAUUCAUUAAUUUACUUUGUAAAAGACGCACAUUAUGGGAGUUGUAAAGUAAAAAAAAAAUUCACAACACGAAUCUUUUCAGAAAAUCGUUGAAUAAAAUUCCCAUGAAAACGGAAAACAGACGAAUACGCCACUUCGGCGGUACAUGGAGCCAUUUCAGUCUUAACAAAAUAUGAGUGCACUUUAAUUAUUUGAAUACUCAUUUCUAAACAAACUUGUACCUUAAUUUGUAUAGUGUUAAAGUAAUAAUGCUUGAAAGCAGAACAGUUUUAAACACAUUAAGGGUGGUUUUACAGCUGGUAUGUAGACCCAUUGUUUAAUUAUGUCUGUCAUUGUGAAUAAUUCUAUGUUAAUAAAUUCUGUGUAGAAUUUACUAUA